UCAUAAAUCAUAUUUUUUUUAUGCAAAUUAUAAAAAAUUCAUUUUUGAUAAAAACAAAAUACAAAAAAGAAAACAUUCAAUUUUUGUUAUGAUUAUUUCUGUUGAUAUAUUCACACUUUGUUGCUAAAAUUUGUAUUCAUAUUUAGUCUAUCAUGAAUGCAGCGAUUGCUUUAUGCCAUUUUUGCGAGGCACACGGUCCUUGUGCAAUUUUCUGCACUCAAACUUUACGUGACACCAAACUCGAAGACCUUAAUCUAGACAAUCAACAAAUUCCAAAUAAAAUGUGUUUGGCCUGCAAUUCUUUGGGUAAAACAAAUGCAAUCUAUAGCCGAGAUAAUGAGAGUGGUGCGACGUUUCUUAGUACACAAAUUCCCAUACUCCCCGAAGUGGCAAAUCUCAUCAAACAAGCAUCGGUUCGUAGUCUGAGCUGUGAAAUAAAUUUCCACAAAGACGGUGGAUUUGUUUUCUUUGGCGACUCGUCACGAGGUCAUGUACUAAGUCAUACGUUUCAUGUUGGAGAUUUGCAGGCUCGAGGUUUCUAUCAGCUUUUUUCGAUUAUAAUUCUCAUGAAAGAUAAGUAUUUUCUGCUCAAUAUUAAACCAUUUCUAGCUGAACACCUUCAGAAAAUCUCAACAGAAAUCCAAAUAUCCGCACAAAAAAUCAAAUGCGAAGAAGCCGCAAAGGGAUCUCCGCGCCAGCGGCGACUGUCUAGCAGUCAAAUGAUGGUACAAACUCCACGAUCCUUAGUCGAACUCACCGGAGAAAAGAACAUCUACGCCAUCCUCCACUCCCAUUUCUCGUGGAUCCUGUUGGCCGGUUCGAGAUUCCUUACAGAACAUGUAACAUUUGGAAAUCUGCCAUGGCUUCCACCAGCUCCGUCAGUUAUCCGUCCAUCGAAACAAUUUAUAACACUGCCAUAUAAAACCGAUGAUGAUCAACCCACAGAAGAGGACCAAGAAGAAUCAAUGUCACUAAGGUACGUCAAACAAUUGCUGCGCAAUGAAUUCCCAGCAGCAUGCUUCUGUGCCUUAACAGGAAUAAAGAUCAUUGUACGAGGGUCACCAUCUAAAGCCUUCAACUUUAUGUCGUGCCUUAAAAAACUUCUGCCCGAGCAAAUGCAUAAUGUUAUACAAAUCGAUGCUCAACAAUUUCUUACGAAUUCCGAAUGUAAAAUCGUUUCGGUUAAGCCCGAUGUGGCGGUUCCUAUUGCAAGUAGUGCGACCUUUCGCAUUGAUUUUCUAGAUAACGAAAAUGAUAGAGUAUCCGUUAAAUGGCCAGGAGAGAUGCCAAACAAAUGGCCAGAUUUAUUAAUUAAAUUGGUGAAGGCUGUAGAUGAAGAGCGAUUCACAGAUUUGGUGUUGAACAAACAAACAAGAGUUCUCGUUGAAGAAUGGAAAAACAAAGUUAUAUGUCUCAAUCAAGCAAAAUCUUCAAGUGGUUUGGCAAAGCUGAAGAAGGUCCUCGGAGUGCAGUCACAGGAUCAGCAACUUAUCAACUACUGGAGUCCCCAUUUGCAAGGAAACUAAACAAAGCAAUGACGAAUGAAGUCCCCAACCAAUUCAAUGUAUUCAAAAUCUCAGCAUAGGAAAUAAAAAAUAAAUAUUUGUAUUUAAUUUCUAAACCAAAAUGUUGGUUCA